AUGCUGUGGUACGUUUUGAUUGCUACAUUUGCUGCUUCAACAGUAAGAGGAGAUAACCAAUGUGUAGCAGGGAUAAAGCUUGAUCCUCUUGACAGACUCCGAGAAGGAGGCGAUUACACGAACUUUGAGCAGAAAACGUCGGACAUACGCGAAUGCGAGGAAGCAUGCUGUAACGACUCUCGUUGUGCAGCAUUUUCGUACAACAAUCCGAUGCCCUCGGAUCUUAUGAACUGCCAUAGAGGCAGCAUUUGCUGCAAUCUCAAGGAGGGUCCGCCUCCUCAGACCAACUCCAGUGGAAAAGGCAUUGUCUCCGGCAGUAAACCUAUUAAUCCCAAAGACCUGGCAAAGCCUUCUCUUCGCAUUUUGGAAUACAUGGAUAUGGAACUGACAAUGUUCAUGCACUUUAAUUUGGCUACAUUUGCGAAUAUCGAGCACAACUGUUACCAAGGUGCUUGCCUGAAUGAAUCACUCUUCAAUCCUUCCAAUCUCAAUGCAACGCAAUGGGUUAUGACAGCUAAAGAGAUGGGUGCAGGAGAAAUAUGUCUGACAGCUCAUCAUGAGGGCGGAUUCUGCUUGUGGCCAACCAAUUAUAGUUAUUAUAGUGUGGCUGCUUCUCCAUGGAAAGGUGGCAAGGGUGAUGUAAUCAAAGAAUUUACAGAUGCAUGCAGCGAGCAUGGAAUUAGGCCAUGCUUCUAUUUAUCGGCUAGUGCUGAUGCAUAUCACAGGAACAUGUCUGUAGAAUAUUACAUUUAUAAUGAACUAGGAAUGUUUACUGAAAUUCUUACUCAGUAUGGACCCAUUUAUAGAUUUUGGUUUGAUCAUUAUGGUUCUCCAUGUGGUGGCUCGUUGACAGGAUGUCCAGGAGGAUUUCCAGCUUACUGGUACAAUGUUACACAACACAUCAGAGACAUUUCUCCAGAAACAUUGAUGGGGCCUGGACCAGAUAUUUGGUACAAUGGAGGAGGAGAAUCUGGUAGUGGAAUGUAUCCUCUCUGGAAUCCUUCUGAUACGAGAGAUGGCACACCUUGGAAUUCGACUACAGUGUCUGGUCCACAAGGAAUGUUCUUUCGUCCCAGGGAGUCAGACAUGACAAUCCAGAAUCCUGGUGAUAAAUGGUUUUGGGGAAAGGGUCAUGCUUAUUACAAUGCAUCACAACUAUGGGAACACUGGAUGGUCACUGUUGGUCGGGGUGCUAACCUCAUUUUGAACAUUCCACCGGACACUACAGGCAUUAUUCCAGAGUACUUCACAGCAGAAACGAAGAAAUUUGGAGAUGCACUUAGAGCAACUUUCUCUACACCUUUAGCAUCAGUCUAUGAUACCACCUGCAACUGCAAUGAGACCAUCACUCUCCAGUUUCUACAGCCAAUAAUGUUUGAUCUUGUUGUAACCACGGAGAACAUGAUCAAUGGUCAGAGGAUUGUACGAUAUGAGGUGGAUGCCAAUGUUAACAAACAGUGGAUGACCCUGACAAUACCAAAUGGGCAAACUGUAGGCCACAAGGUAGUGGAUCAGAUUGCUAAGCCCAUAACUGCCACUGAGGUUCGAUUUCGAUGUGAGCAAUCCGUUGUUGAUCCAAUAUAUAUCAGACAGUUUGCUGUAUACAAGGCAGCUUUACCAUGGUAGACAAACAAACGAUAUUUUUGUUUUGGAUGCUUGGAUGUUACUUUUGUAUUGUGAGCAUCGCAGUCUGUUCAGAUUUGAAGUAAAUGUUUAGUAAAUGUGGUGGUUUUUAAUAGUCCAAGUUUCCUAAAUGACUCUUAAGUUUAUCAAUUAACCAAAAGGAAUUGCAAGGUUAUAUCUGCAAAGUGUAAA